AUGGUGUCAAUGUUACAGCAAAAGCUCUUCUUAUUUCUCACAAUAUCACUGAUCUUAGGAGGCUUGGUGCUGACGAUAGCCGGAGUGUUCUCGCCGGCAUGGCAAAUCGUUGAGAUUCGGGAGUUUCGAGCUGAACACCAGCACGGCCUUUGGUGGGACUGUAUUCGAGCCGAGAAACACGUUGUGGCUGUCGGGGAUUUCUAUGAUGAGGAGCCAUUGCAUUGCAUGUACAAGUUUGACAACUCGGCCGAAUUGGUCAUCGACAACACGUUGAGGAACAUUGAUGAGGAUGGAGCGGCUGGAGAAAGUGAACACCAUCGAUUCUGGGCUUGGCACAAGAUCAUCCUCUUCUGUAUCAUCACAUCGCAAAUUGUGGCCAUGGUUUCGAUGUGUUGCGGCGCAUGCACUCCAUGUAUCCCCACAGCUUCACUUGGCUUCACGAUUUGCUCGAUUGUCGCUGUUGUCCUAUCGGUGAUCGCUGAUGGAGUGUUUUUCUUGGCGGCAAACCGCGUCGACAAUCGCUUCGUGCAGGGAAUGGUCGGCACUUAUGAGCAACGAAUCGGUUACGCUUUCUAUUUGCACAUGGGUGGCACAUUGUGUUGGAUGGGAGCCGCUCUCUUGGCUGUCACCACUGCCUACAAGGUGAUGUCUAGCGACGAUGAGAUUGGCGGUGGCUAUGGAGGAAAGGACCCGUACAGCUGGCAGAGCAACUCGCGACCAAAUCCGCUCAACGUUCACGAUUUGCAUUUCCGAGCAAUUCCGCGAGAUGAUCCACUUAUCGAAAAGCUUCCGCCAGGAGCCUAUCAAAGAAAUCUCCCCUAUCGACCCUCACCAAUGCCCUACAGGGAAACCAGUGCU